UCUAUUUUUGGGACACAACUUGAAAGCUCGCCAAUUAUGGGAGCUGAGAGGAAAUGGAUUUUGACCCUUUUCUCCGCUGCAUUUCUCUCGCUCAUUAUACUGUUGUUCUCUUCAAUAUCAGCCUUUAGCUUCUCAAAACCCUUCCCAUCGAUCGUUCAAGUAGGAUCUCAUUAUCCGCCGGCAUUUGCUUACUAUAUAUGGGGCGGAAGAGGUGACUGUGACCGGAUGUUCAGGCUCUUACUGGCAGUUUAUCACCCACGUAAUCGGUACCUUUUGCAUCUGACAGUGGAGGCAUCGGAGGAAGAGAGGCGGAAGCUGUCUAGGCUGGUUAAGUUGGUGGCGCCAAUUCGGGCUUUUGGGAAUGUGGAUGUAUUGGGGAAACCUGAUCGACUUACUUACAUGGGGUCUACAAAUAUCGCCACCACUUUGCGUGCAGCGGCUAUAUUGUUGAGGCUUGAUAGUGGUUGGAAUUGGUUUAUUACAUUGACUGCAAGUGAUUACCCGCUUCUCACACAGGAUGAUCUUUCUCAUGUCUUCUCCUCUGUUAGAAGAGAUCUCAGUUUCAUUGAUCACACCAGUGACCUUGGAUGGAAAGAACCUCAAAGGUUUCAACCAAUUGCAGUUGAUCCAGCGAUCUACCUAGCCAGGAGGAGCCAAAAUUUUCAUGCUACAGAAAAACGGAAAACACCCGAUGCUUUUAAAGCAUUUACAGGUUCACCAUGGGUCAUUGCUGUUGAGGAAGCACAACAAGCCAUUAAUUUAGCUUACAUCGAGUUAGGAUAUUUAGUUUCAUCUAUACAGUCAGGAUAUUUAAUUAAGAAUAAUUUGCUCAUUGUAUUUUAUAUUACUGUUUUCCUGGUGUGCCCUUUUAUGCUGUGCAUCUUUACAAGGAUUGAUAGUCAUGCCAGUCUUACUGUAUUGGGUUUUUCAGUGGCAUUUAAAUCUUGGGAGGAUCAUAGAAAACAACUUGAAUUGGAGAAGGCUCGUAAAUCUGGGCUUGCACCAACAGAGGUUGAUGAAGAUGGCAAAGAGAUUAACUUUCAUAUUCCUCUAUAUGUCAUUUUUGAGAACCCCAUUGUUCCUUUCUAA